AUGUUCAGCCCUUUCAGCUGUGCCACUUUCCACCACCAAGAAGUUGAUGAAGAUGAUGACCAGCCCAUGAUUUCACCACCAAGAAAUUCUUCAAGAUCAAGAAGCACUGGCUUUCACAGAAGACAUAGCAGGGACACCAAGAACCCGUAUUCGAGCCGGGGCCUUGACAAGUUCUCUGCACUUCUAGCUGAUCUUGAGGAGAAAAGACAGAAGAUUUACGCUCAACCGGACUCAAAAGACAUAAGCUUCGUCCGCUUUGUGUACAAGGACUCGACUGAUACAAGUCUUCCAGUUCCAGUCGUGGUUAAGCUCAAAGACAAAACCAAGACUUUAACUGAUCACGAAGAAAAGCAUGCAACCCCUAAUAUUGAUCCUUCGUCCUUAGCCGUGAAAGAGGUCAAGCCGCCACCAAAAUUGGAACCUGAAAAACAGAGUGAGCAGAGGACAUUGUGGCGUUGGAACAUGAAAUCGGACAAGUGGAGAAGGCCGGCUUAUUAUCUGCCACUGGUUAUAAUCUUCAUUUUGGUUUUGUUGGCUUUGUUUGGGCGGUCAUUUGCAAUAUUAUGCACGUCUGUUUGUUGGUACGCAAUUCCAAUGCUGGAAGAGAGCUCAAAUAAUGCAACAACGGGAGCAAAGAAGAAAGACUAUGUUAGAAGAUUGAGUGACAAAAACAUGGCAGUUAGUCAGGAACUCAUGUCUUCACCGAAAAGUAACCACAGAUUCUUGGGCAAACAUGUUCACCAGAGAAGUUUGUGA